UGAAAACGACUACCAAGUUGCACAUACAACAUUUUUUAUUUUAUUUCUUAUCAAAUCCUUUCCGCCGCUGAUUGGAUUUUUGCAUAAAUAAAAACUACUUUCAAUGAUUUUUCCAUGAAAAAUUUAACCGAAAACCUCUCGAAUUAGAAUAAAUAAAUUGUUUGCCAGGCAAUGUUUUGAACGAACAAAUAACCACCACUUAGCAUUUUACAACACUUGCAAUUAAACAUUCCACUUUAAUUGUUGUCUGUCUUGAUUUCUAUUAAUAAGUACCUACCUUCUUUUUGUCGAAUUAAGAAUAAAUAUUUAUAAAUCGUGUUGUGUGUUUAUUUAUGGUGAUUUUUUAUUAAGCACUUGAACAAAUAUUUGGUGACUGAGUGAGAAGAAAGUGAGAAAUUGACUGUUAAUUAAUUGUCAUUCUAUCCCUCAAUUGACUAAACUGUGUUAAAUAUAUUAACUAACAGUCUUAUUGUUUGUUUGUUUGUUUUGUUAAUUCUGUAUUCAUUGCAUUUUGAAGUCAACAACCCACGUUGAUCACAUAAAAAACAUGACUACCCCAAAAGUCUUAAGCAACCGAGAUGAUACAACAUCUUCGAGCUACAUGAAUGAUUUUCAAAACAUGCUCGAAAAAGGCAAAGAACCCGACAUGACAAAAGUCUAUAAUCCAAAGAUUGCCCAAGAAUUCGAGAAAUACCUAAAUCCUUCGACUUUGAAGCGACACGUUUUGCGAAGUGAAAAAAUGCAAAAAAUAAUAGAUUUGUAUGCAAAAGCCGAAAAACGAUCGCACUCAGAAGUUGAACGACAAGUUCGAGAUAUCCUCGAUGAAAUAGGAUUGGAACGAAGUGUUGUGAUUUUUCGAUGGUGUGGAAUUGCAAUUACUGCGAUAGCCAAAAGGAUAACAUCGGGAAUAUUUGUGAAUGAGAAGAACAUAAAUCGGGUAAGAGAUGGAUUAGGCAAAAAUCCAGUAUUAUAUUUGCCCAGUCAUCGGAGUUAUUUAGAUUUCAUCUUGAUGUCGUACAUAUGCUUUCAUUACAACAUUGAAAUACCUGGCAUAGCAGCUGGAAUGGAUUUCCAUGCAAUGUUUGGUAUGGGGAAAAUGCUUCGCAAAACCGGUGCAUUUUUCAUGCGACGCUCAUUUUCUGGAGACGAGCUUUAUUGGGAUGUUUUUCGUGAGUACAUGUAUGCUCUUGUUGCUUCCUAUCACAUCGGUACCGAGUUCUUCAUCGAAGGCACAAGAAGUAGAAAUUUCAAAGCUCUCGUCCCCAAAGUUGGUCUCCUAUCAAUGGCUCUUAUGCCAUAUUUCACUGGUGAAGUUUCUGAUAUAACAAUAGUUCCCGUAAGUGUGUCUUAUGAACGCGUACUAGAAGAACAGCUAUUUGUUUAUGAAUUAUUGGGUGUGCCUAAGCCAAAGGAGACAACUAAAGGAUUUUUCAAAGCACUUAAAAUAAUCGAUGAGCGUUUCGGACGAAUGUACAUGGAUGUUGGAAAUCCAAUAUCUGUCAAAGAGUUCUUUGGUUCUUUUGGACCAGAACGAAUUCGGAGAGCAAGUAUACCUAGCCAUUUGCAAAAGCUCAAUAUGGACGAAGUUUUGAUGAUCAAAAAGUUAGCCAGUGAAGUUGUUUAUCAGCAGCAACGAAGAGUGGUGAUAACAACUUUUAAUAUGAUUGCUGUCUUAUACACGUACAGCUUAAAUUGCCAGCGACCUUUAAACAUAGAUGAGCUCUCAAGAGAUGUCGUAUUACUAAAAACUCUGUUCGAAAAGCUGGGAGCCCAUGUGGCUACCAAUAAUAAUGCUAUCAAGCCAGAAAUAAUUAAGACUGUUGAAAUACACUCUAACGUUGUUACAUUCGAAAAAGCCAAUUUAAAGUACACACCAUCGACGGGAGUCGAUAUGAAAAAUAUUGAACUGAAAAAGCUGAAAGGCCAUAUGUUAGCACAAAACACCAUGACGAUAGCGGUUCCUGCUUUGCACAUUCAACUUUAUAUUAAUCCCUGUAUGUUUUGGUUGGCUAAGCCUUCAUUUGUUGUCUUAGCAGCGAUGAAGUUGAAUGCAAAUGGAUAUCGAGAUCUUUUACCUGCAGAUCAACUUGAAGACAAAUUUAAUGAGUUGUGUAAGAUAUUCAACCAAGAAUUCAUCUUCGAAUCAAAUAAAAACGAAAACAGUGUCUCUCACAUUCUCGAUGUUCUAAGGAGUUUUGGUGUAUUUAAUGGCAUGGAAUUUCUGUCAAAUGAUGUAUCCAAGCUUUUGCUUAGUGCCAUAUCACCAUUCCUUUGUAUAUACUAUCAACUAGCUGUAGCUAUUACGGAGCUUCCUAAUGAUGAAUUCACAGCCAAAGAAGCAAUUUUACAAACUCAAAAACGAGUAGAAGAACUUCUAAUAGCAAAAAGUCAUCAGAACGUUCAUCCAUAUUGUUUAGCACUGGAUAAUUUAAAUAUAGCCCUUCAAUCGUUUGUGCAAGGCGGUUGCCUUCGAAAAACAAAAGACACUACAACAUUUCAUAAAAUCCCACAAAAUCUUCAGCAUUUAAAAUCACUUUUGCUCAACUAUUGUGAGCUAUUACCUUUUACCAAACUCUACCAAGAUACUCUUGAAAGGUUGCCAUCCAAAUUGUAGUAUAAUAAGAAAAAACUAAUUGCGCGCAUUCCUGCUUACGUGUGGAUUAUGUUCGGUUUGUGUUCAUUUAUAGUCUCUAAUAGAAUUAGACAACUUGUAAUUCAAUUGCCCUCGAAAUUAACAUAUUUUUGGUUAAUGAAACUUCUGUAAUAAUUCAGAAAUGCGUAUUUAAAUUUUAAUAAUAUUUUAGGGUGCUUUAAAAAAAAAAAAUUAUUUUCUUUCAAAGAGGCUCGAAAGUUUUUUUAGUUAAAGGUUUCAGUAUUUUUUUUUACAUAAUCGUAUAUUAAUUUAACGUACGUUCCUAAGCGCACAUGUUUAAGAGCCAAGAGAGUAUUUAUGUAAACAUUUUGGAUUAGACUUAAGAGUAAAUUUAAUUUCAAACAAAAACUAGAGCCUAAAAAGUAAAAUGGAAGGAAGAGGGCUUGAAUAAGCUAUUUAACAAAACCUUUAAUAUUGAUAGAUUUGAAAUUAGUCGGUUACAAGCUUUUAUUUUAUAAAAAUUAAAGUAAACAUUAAAUUCUAGAAUUUGGUAAUAUAAGAGAAACAACAUUCCAUUUGUUAAUAUUUUUUGUUCAUGGAUUUAUUGUUUGUAGAAUAUGUUGUAGACAAAAUUAAUUCAUACAUAUAUAAUCAAUUAUUGUUAAGAUUUUUUAAAAAAUAAGUUAUAAUAAAACCUGUGUUCUUUAAUUCACAAGUGCUCGUGGGACUGCAUAAUUACUACAAGAUCCUGCUUGUAGACUCUCCUACCAUAAGAACACAGAGUUGUACAAAUGUUUGUGGAUUGAAAAAUUUGAGUAUUAAUUUGCAAAAACACCCGAUUAAUGUAUACAGUAGGCAAAAUAUGUCAUGUAUUUUGAAUCUGGUCCUCAUUGAGUUAUGAAAUUCUGAAUUUUUUGAGCACUGACAAAGUUUUAUUCAAAUUCACGUGAAUCUUAUUGAAAAGAUUUUUGUUAGAGACAUACUAUUGUUUUUAUAUUUUAAUUUAAAUAACCAAAAUGAUGUGGUGAAGCGUAUGUAUUAUAAAAUCCUAAUGCCUAAUAUGUUUAUGUCUAAUUAUUAUUGGUGUAAAAUGUAUUUUUUAAUGACAAAAAGGAAUUUAUUUAAAUAACAAGUUAAAACGUU